AUGUACUUAGUUAUCAAACAAGUUAAAAAAUUCUUGACCUUGCCGAAUUCUUAUGAGAAGCAGGAUUUACAUGAGGAUGUAAAUGACAAGGAAUCAUGGCUGCCAAUGCCAGGAACAAAAGUUCAGGAGUGGUUCAACUAUUCUCGCCACGGCUCAUCAAUUUCUUUCUGGUUUAGAAACAAGUUUCCAGCCAUAUCACUCUUUGUGAUUAAUGAACUGAAAAAGACUUCAUUUGAACCCAAGUUGACCAUCAAUGGUCAUGAAAUGCAUCUUUUUUCCUUAUUCUCUCUACAAAAAGAUCACAUACUGAUUCUAACUCUGGGUCCAAAACAAACUGAAUUCAAAGAUGAGGUAAACAAUGUGAUUUCUAAAGAUGAAUGGAAUCAUGUGGAGUUGUCUUCUGAUCAUGCAGUGCAUGGAGUAGGUGGUGGAACUAUAUAUGAGAGCAUGAUGCAAAUUGGACUCCAUGUAUUCAAACAAUUUAGUAACAUGGAAGAUAUAAGAUUCACUGAUCCGUUCUUGUUGGAAGAAGUUCAUAGCUUGGAGGGUAUUGGAUAUUCUCCUACACAAUUUGUGCAAAGGCAUCAAAAUUUGACUUCAUUGGAAACAAAUGUGGAACAAGAAAUAGUAUCUCAUUCAUUGCUUCCAUCUCCAUCAUUCAGUGACAACUUGAAUUGGGAGUCAAACACAAUUGUUACAGAGCACAAAACUAACACAACUAGUGUCCAAGCAUAUGAGGAUAAUCUAGCAAAUGCUGUAGGAGAGUCAUAUCAAACACCAUCCAUAGCUAACACAGAAAACGUUCAUGACCCAAUUCCCACCACUCCAUCAAGUAGUGAUAAAGAUAGUGGACAGAAAAUGUGCACAGAAACUUGUAGCAGCACUUUGCUAAUAAAAUUUGAUGAGCCUUUGAUAAAUCAAGCUCCUCUAACUCAAGAUGAUAAUGAUGUGGAGAUGGAAGCAUUUUAUGCUACUCUUGAUGCUGAGACACAUGAUGAUGUUCUUUCCCCGAAUUCCUAUGAUGAUCCAGCAACCACCACUGCUCCAAGUAAAGAAGCCAUGGAAGCAUUGAAAACAGUACAAGACUUCAUCACAAAGAAUGAUGCUUCAGUGUUGUUGGAUGAAGAAAACUACAAUGUCAUCAAGAACAGUUUGCAUUACCUAUCCAAUUUGUCUUCAAAAGAUGGCAUAUCAGGAGAAGUUGAAACAUUGGUAUCAGAAGCUUCAUGGUUGUUCAAUUGUUGCAGUGUGGAAUACAUUGAAUCAUGUAGGAAUAUUGAGUCCACAGCAUCAGAGCUACAAAGGGUUGAUGAAUUAGAAGCAGGAUUGGAAGGAAACAAGAACAAGCACAGGGAGUUGAGGCAAAAGUUAGAUUGGAUGGAGAAAAGAAAGAAGGAGCUGGAAGAGGAAAUGAAUGCCAUCAAAGCUAAGUUAUGUGAUUGUGAAUCAGAAAAGAAGAUUGUUGUUCAGAAAAAGAAAGAUGUAUUUGAAGAAGCAAAGACACUCAAAGCUCAAAGAGAUGAGUGGAGGAAAAAGGUGCCACAAUUGCGGCACCAACAGAGUAUAGCAAAGAGUAAUCAUGCAAAAUUCACAGUUAGAAGUUAUUCUACCUAUUGGAGUGCCAUUGUUGCCAAUGAAGUGAGGAAUAACAAUUAA